AUGCCGCUGCACAACAUCAAGCGCAAGGUGGCCAAGUGGCUCCACUGGCUGCAAGACCUCAAGACGGAACACCAGUACCUCGGUCGCUACUCAGUUGAAAAACUCUGCGCGUUCCAUGCCUACCAAGAGAAGACAAGCAUCUACCGAGUCGUCGCAGUCAUCGCGCUUACCCCUCUACCCACCGCCCUCACGCUAUGGGGACUCGACUGCCUUCCUCUGCGCGACCCGCGCGGUGGGGCUAAACGACACACCACCACCUUCCUGCUGUCGAUUCUGUCCCACGCCAUCAUGACAUACAUGUUCCUGCUGGCUGGCAAGCAGGCGGUAGGACUCAACCAUCGCGGCACACGGUACACGCACAAGAAGGUUGCCCUCAUCUCGAUCUGUGUGGCGGUGUGUCUCGAGUUGUGGUGGAUCAUCUGGGCCUUCGAGUGGCGCUUCCCAAUCCCGUAUCGUGAGUUCCUCGGCGUGCCGUCAUGGGGAAUGCUCACCGUCCUCUUCAACUACGUCUUGGCCAAGGACGAGCUCACGCGCGCGUGGGAGCGACUACGGCACUACGUCCCCGUUGUAGGCACUCAGAUGCUGCUCUUCUACUUCCUGCUCUUCCUGUCGGUGGGGUUCGCCGCCGUUCCCUGGUGGGCGCAAGUCACCAUGAUCUUCCUCAUUCCCGUCGUCAAGCUGUCCAUCAAGCGAGCGCUUUGGAAGUACGCGCGCAAUCUCAACGACAUCAGCGCGGACGUGACGAUCUGCAUGGUAGAGAUCUCGGGCUCGCUCUACCAGACCGUCUGCAUGAACUACGUGCAGAGCAAUCUGAUGGCGCUGCUGCUGAUGGCGCUUGACUUCGUGCAAGCCGCGCACGAGGCUCAAGUCUACGUCCGCCACGACUACAUCAGCGACUCCAAGUCCACGCUGCACGCUGCCGUGAGGAUCGUCGAAAGUGCACUGUACUCGGGUACUGUCGAGAAAUCGACUGCGGAUAAUCCGGUUGGUCUCGAGGAAUACACGGAAAACAUACAAGAAACGAAGCAGCUUCAUGACCACCUUCACCCUGAACAAUUACCAAGAGUUCGGCCCGUGAUUAAGCCGCAAUCCUCUUUCCGCGACCUUCAAUUUGAGCCAGAGCCGAGUAAGGAAUCGGUCUCGGACGUGAUGGUGUGUCUGCUGAGGAAGGGGGUCUCAUGGCGCCGAAGAAGGAAGCAUCGUACUAGUCGUCGCCAGCAAAUGUAUUCUACCGACGAUCAAGGCAGCCCGAAGAAGGCUAAAGGGAAGUCUAAACGCAAGACGCUAUCGAAAGUGAAGUUUCACAGAAGCUCUGCUGCUUCGACACCUCGUUAUAGCAACGGGGAGAUCGGUUCUGGCAGUGCUAGCUCCCACAGCGUCGGGGUCGGCGGUAUCAACAUCAGUCGUGAGGCGGCAACCUCAAUUUUCAUCAACUCCAAUGUGAUCUGA